GACACUGGAUUAGAAGACAUCGGAAACAUUGACAGUUGAACACCAGUCGUUUCCGGUUUAAUGUGUUUUUAAAUUUUUGAAAGCUUGGGCGACGGAUUGGCAGACAUGUCCACGCUGUUCCCCUCUCUCUUCCCCCGGAUAACCGAGACCCUUUGGUUCAACCUCGACCGGCCCUGUGUGGACGAGACCGAGCUGCACCAGCAGGAGCAGCAGCACCAGACCUGGCUGCAGAGCAUUGCUGAGAAAGACAACAACCUCAUGCCCAUUGGGAAACCUGUUUUUGAGGCAGGAUAUGAAGACGAGGAAGAGGAGGAUGACGAGGAUGAAGAGGACAGCGAGGAAGACUCUGAAGAUGAAGAGGACAUGCAGGACAUGGAUGAGAUGAAUGAUUACAAUGAGUCACCUGAUGACGGAGAGAUCAAUGAGGUGGACAUGGAGGGACCGGAUCAAGACCAAGGACAAUGGAUGAUUUAAGGCAAAGGAACAUUUUAGUCUCCAGCGAUGUCUGGCACUGGAUUUUUACUCCCCACCCGAAAACACAGCAGCUGCACAGUCUGUGUCACAGAUGUCUUUUUAUUUCUUUGUGCAAACAGGACAAACAUAUAGUUGAGUCAAAGGAUGUUGGGUGAAUCCAGCAAAAAGUACUUUGGAAGCUGCCAAUUGCCUUUGAAGGCUCUGAACGCUGUUGAACUAGAUGUGAGUGUUGCCACCCUGUGCUCACACACACACACACACACACACACAAGGACACACACACAAGGUCCUGCUGGUUUGUGAUCAGUCGGACACACACACCCAUGCUAUGGCAGCAGUAUAAUUAAGCCAAGUGAUCUCUCAUUAAAACUUUGACCUUGUGGUAUCUUCAGUCAUGUGUUACUUCUCCAAACAGCUGACUGAGCACAAUCAACAGUUUAGUCAGCUACAUAAUUUGUUACCUAUGAAGAAGACUCACAGAUACUUUACCACCAUAUUAUAUGAUGCUGUUUUAUAGUGUUGAGAAUGCUGCUAAUGUUUUGUUUCUGGUAUCAUAUUCUUGAUUGGCAUCCUACGAAAAGCUUGUUAAAUAGUAUUAUUUUCAUACAAUGCAAUAUUGCAAUUCAUCUUCAUAUUUCUUCACUAUGUCAAGGGUAAGGGCUGGCAUUACUUUGGAAGAAUGUCAGUAUAAAAUGUCCAUCCAAAUAUUCUCAUUUUUAUGUUCACAGGUGACUUACUAAGACUUUUUUAUUUGUAUUGAAAUGAACAGAAGCCUUAAUAUUUUGUAUUAAAUUAACUCAUUUUGAUGAA